CCUUGUAAAAUCAGCGAGUUGCUCUGAAAACUAAAAAGCUGUAAACUGUAGCUAGUGACAAGUUUCAAAACUUCUGUAAAAAUAGAUCUUGUGUGGUAAUCUUCAGAUCUUUACAUGUCAUCAGAGCCUCCUAGUCUGAUGAUCCGAUCGGACGUGGUUGAUAGCGUAACGAUCACCGAAUCGCUCACGCAGGAACAGAUUCCCAGUACCAGUACCCAGCAGGCACCAGUUUUACGUCUGCGGCUUCAGAAACCUCGUACAACCAAGCAGGUAAAAUGGACCAAUGGAACGGUGGAUAAUGAGCACAUGAACAAAAAGAAAUCCAAAUGUUGCUGCAUUUACCGAAAACCGACGGAGUUUGGCGAAAGUUCAUCGGAGAGCGAAGAUGAAUGCGAGCAUUGUUUUGGUCACGUCGAGAUAAAGAAAAAGAACAAAUCGGAUACGGAUCACGGAGUAGACGUUGUGGACUCUGGCGGAGGACAAUGUGAAAUAAUAACUGAAACUAAAUGCUCUAACGAUUCUUCUAAUGGCAAUGGAAAUGAUACACCAAGUGAACCAAAAGAUAGUGAACCUGAUGCGACUUGAUGAGUUGAAAUGUAGAUACCGUCGCAUGUUGUCAUCUAAUAUUUUUAGUGAAUAUAGAAUGUAUUAUGUAGUUUUUUGUUAUAAAUGAUG